CCUAGCAGCCAGUAGGGGAGAGAGCAGUUAAGGUACCAGCCACUGAGAAAGCACCCGCUCCUUCCUGCCUUGAAGAUGUUUCAACAAAUUUGGGCAGCUCUCUUCUACCUCUAUGGUAUUCUCCUUAACUCCAUCUACCAAUGUCCUGAGUACAGUCAACUGACAACUCAAGGACUGGAUGGGAAAGAGUUCCCAGAGCCCCACCUUGGCCAGUGGUACUUUAUCGCAGGGGCAGCUCCCACCAAGGAGGAAUUGGCCAUUUUUGAACCUGUGGACAACAUUGUCUUCAACAUGGCUGCAGGCUCUGCUUCCAUGCAGCUCCAGCUUCGUGCUACCAUCCGCAUGAAAAAUGGACUCUGUGUACCAAGAAAAUGGGUCUACCACUUAACUGAGGGGAGCACAGAUCUCAGAACUGAAGGCCGCCCUGACAUGUUGACCAAGCUUUACUCGAGCUCAUGCCCAGAUGGAAUCAUGCUGAAGGAGACGGGUCAAGGUUACCAGCGUUUCCUCCUAUACAAUCGUUCACCACACCCUCCGGAGAAAUGUGUGGAGGAAUUCCAGUCCCUGACCUCUUGUCUGGAUGCCAAGGCCUUCUUGCUGACUCCCAGAAAGCAAGAGGUCUGCAACCUGACCAGUAAUUGAGCUGCAGCUUCCU